AUGGUCAUAGACUCUAAAUUAGAUACUUUGAAUCAAAGAUUAGAUGAAAGCAUUGUCAGCGAAGGAGAUUAAAUACCAAAUUUGACAAUAGUUUAACAAGCACAACAUUAAUAGCUUAAUGUUAAUUUAGGUUUGCAAAUAAAUGAAUAGCGUUCUAAAAUGCCCUCUAUAAAUAUCAUGAAUAACUCCAUUUAAAAUAAAUCUACUGACAUUAUUGAGCUGAAAAAUAAUUUUUAAAUAAGUCAAAAUAAUGAGUCUUUUUAAAAAAAAUUUACAGAAAAGCAUGUUAAAAUUGACAAUUCAAUGAAUAAAUACUUUUCAUUAAGAGGGGAAGAGAAUUUAGUAUCAAUUACUGAAGAAAAUAAGUAGAAGGUUGAGUAGAAUUAGAGUUAGAAUGUCUUACCUAUUCUUUUAAAAUUGAAAAUGAAUUUAACAAAUAAGGAAAGUAAAAUUAAUAAAAAUUUGAGGGUAAGUAAUAAAAAAAUUAGAAAAUUUAUCAAUGAUAUCAGCGAUAAUUUUUUCGAAAGGGAGAGCUUUUAUUUGUAAUGCUGUGCCAAAAUUUAUUCUUGCUUUUCAUUUAAACAAUUCUAAAACAAAACUUUUGUACCUUUGUUUCAUCCAUAAAGCAAUUUGAAAAUAGCCAUGGAUAUCUUCUUUUGCUUAAUAAAUUGCUUAUUUUUUUACUUCUCGUCUAUACUUAUCACAUUUUAAGUCGAUUUAGAUAUUGGAUCUGAUAUAUAUAAUAUUAUGUACAUUGUUUGGCUUUUGUAACUUUCUAUUGAGCUCAAUACAGCUAUUUACUAAAAGAGUAACUUAAUUUAGGCUUGCUUAUGGUAUUUACUUGGAGUUUUGGAGCUGCAUUACUUUGGAGAAGAAAAAACUUGGUUUGAUGAAGGCAUAGCUGCUGAUAAGAAUUGGAUUAAAUUGUAUGUUUGUUCUCUUUACUGGUCACUUACCUUAAUGACUACCGGAUCUAAUGUAGCUUAAACAAUUUCAUAGGCAUCAUUCACAUCAUUUAUAAUGCUAAUUACAACAAUUAUAUUUGGUUAUUUAGUUAACAUAAUUGGCAUAAUACUUACAGAGGCAGAUUAAGAAGAAGAAAAGCAGAGAAGAGAUAUUAAUUAAAUCAACAAGUACAUGAGAAAAAGAUAAAUUAGCAAAACUCUUCAGAGAGCAAUUAAUUUAGAUUUAGAAUACUACUAUCAUCAUAAUUACAAGAAGGAUGAUGAGCUUAAUCAAUAGGUUUUAUCUAAAAUCUCAAAUAAUUUACUUCAUGAUUUAAAGGAACAAUAUUUCGGAAAAAUUUUAGAUAAAAUACCAUUCCUUUCAUGCAAUUUUAGUCAUGAAACUCUUUAAAAGCUUUCAAUGGUAAUUGAAGAAGAAUCUUAUUUACCAGGUUAGGUGAUAAAUGAUAAUAUAAGCUAACCACACAACAAGUUAAUUUACAUUGUUGAAGGAUCAGUUAAGUUAGUCAGAUAAGUUUGUGAAUAUGAUUACGAGUAAGCCCAUAUUAAUGAUAAUAAUUUUGUAGGUAAGGAAUAAGUGCUAGGAGAAGUAUAAUUUUUUGGAGGAGUAAAUGAAGGAAUGAUAUACUAGGCUUGUGAUUUUACACGAAUUUUAACAAUACAAAGAGAUAAAUUUUUAGAAACCAUAAGAUAAAAUGAAAAGGACUUGUAAGUUUUUUGCAGCAUUAGAGAAAAAGUAGGUUUGUAUUAAGACUAUGAAGUUAUAAAAUUGGCAUGUAAAGUUUGCUUUAAAAAUAAACACUAAUAGGAGCACUGCCCUUUAGUCCACUUUGAUAAAUCUGAUUACACAAUAAAAGAGAAUUUUUUCCUUAAUUAAAAAUAAAUAAGACAAGAUUGGGAUAGAAAGAAAAAAGCAUAGCCUAAUGCAAUAAUGAACUAACCCCUUGUUGAAGAAAAAUAAAGAGAACAUUAAAAAAAUACAUCUAAAAAUAAUUAAAAUCAAUUAUGUCCUAAAAGAGAACGAUUUUUAGCUUUAAGUACAAUUCAGAGUAAAGACUUAGAUCAAUAAUACAGAUGUAGCAGCGACGCUCAACGAUCCUGCACUCAAAGUAAAAUUGAGGAUUUUGAAGAUGAUUAAAAAGUUUAGAAUUCUGAAUAUCAGAUUCAAAGACAGAGAUAAAUGUCAACAUAAAAAUAUAAAAAUCCAAAUAGGACAAAUGUUUCUAUUAAUUAAAAUAUCGAUGAUGAAAAUGUUUAAGAAUAUACAACUAAGGAAAGGAAAUCCAACGACCAAUAAGCGAUCAUGUCACAGAAUUUAGAUUAUCCUUAUUAAAGCUAAUAAAUUUAAAGUUCUUAGCAAAACUUAAACAUCAAAGAUGUUGCUAACUUAAAUUAUUUGUAAAACUAGUAAAUUUAUUAUCCAAUGAAUUUGGAUUAAAGGAUAGAUAGAAUUGAAGAUUUAUUAAAAAACUUAACAAAAGAAUAAAUAAAUAAAGUAAUUCAAGGUCAAGACAAGCUAUUUGCAAGCGAAAAUAUUUAGAAUAAUAAAAAUAAUCAACAAUCCAUUAUUGAAAUUGAUUAGAAAAGAGAUUACGAUAUUUAUUUUCCAUAUGGAAAUUCUUAUAAAAUUAUCUCAGAGUACAAUCAAAAGAUAAGAUUUAAUGUAAGGAAGCUUAAGACUUCUAAGCUACGUAAGUGA